CCCACCAUUGACUAACCUAUAUAAAAGAUGACUGGUAGAAGUUAACUAUAGUGAAGACAGAGAGAGAAAAGAUGGCAAGGAACAAGGACAUCACGUUUGAUGAUGCUAUGAGAGUUGUAGAUGAGCUUGCAAGAGAAAUAAAACAUCAUAGACAUGGCCUGAGCAGAGUCCAGGUACUCAAGGCUGGCUCACUUGGUCAGUACACAGCCAUUCCAGGCAACUUCGAUGUGGACCUGGUGGUCUACUCAGAGAGUGUGGAUCCAGACACUGUCCUAAAUGAAGGGUAUACUAUGCCAUUGCACAAACUGCGUAGCUUUUUAGGAGGUCUAUGGAGAGUACAACUACAACCACCACUAAAAAUGUCUGUGUCAAUGAAAUACAAGACAUUUGACCAGCAAGAUCGAGAGCUAUCGAUAGACGUUGACGUCUUGGUCAGCCCAAACUGGGAGAAUCCUGCAGAUCUCUAUAAUUACCUGCAGGCAGCCAAACGUAACGGGGCUACCUCUAAUCAAAUCUUCCGGUUCUCAGUGAACGCUUCAAAAUGGCAGGUUGAAUUUAUAGAAAAGCAGGAUGACAAGGCUAAAGAGCUUAUUCGCCGUGCUAAGGCGUGGAGGAACAAAGAAUGGCCCGAGGGGACAGACCUCACAGGAAGGCCAAAGAGUUACCUCGUCUCAAUUCUGGUGCUUAAAGCUUAUGAGCUGGCAUCGAAACAGCACUAUGGUAGAACCAUUGAGCAACGAACAACAGCCCUUUUGAAGCAGUUAGUGAAAUCCCACCUAAGAGCUGAUAUCUAUUGGGUUGACUACUACAAACCAGGGGACUACCCAGACUUGUUUCCAGCCACACUCCCCCGUAUCGUUGACCCUGCCAACCCAGCCAACAACCUCCACAACACAGGGAUAAUUGGAUAUAGCAGGACAUCACACUCGUACUACGAGCAGGGAGACGGCAAUUGGACACAGCUGGUUGGGAAAAUUGAGUCUGUCGAUUUGACCAAAACUAUUGAACAGAUACAAGCCUGAAAGCUUGCUUUUUGAAAUUACCGUGCACAGACUUAGCUACUUAGCAAAACACUUUUUGUAUUACGUAUGUGCGGUGUAUGUUGACAUUAGCCGUACAGUCAGUUAGUGUAUGUUAAUCUGACCUUUGAAC